AUGGAAGAUACAAAAUUGAUUGACACUCCGAUGCCUAUAAAUGGUAACUUGAAAAGGAAUGAAAUUGGUAAGGAUGUUAAUGUGAAAAAGUAUAGAGGUAUGAUUGGUUCUCUUUUAUAUCUCACUGCAUCUAAGUCGGAUAUUAUGUUUAGCGUCUGUAUAUGUACAUGUUAUCAACUGGCUCCUAAGGAAUCACAUUUAAAAGCCAUUAAAUGCAUUCUUAGGUAUCUUUAUGGUACUUCUAAGUACGGGCUUUGUCAUUCCAAGGGAAGUGAUUAUAAUUUGGUUGGUUAUACUGAUUCCAAUUUUGCUGGUUACAAAUCAGAUAGAAAGAGUACUAGUGGAACUUGCCAUAUGUUUUCAAAUUCCUUAAUUAGUUGGCAUAGCAAGAAACAAGUUUUCAUUUCUUUGUCAAAUGCCAAGGAGGAAUACAUAGAAGCCGAUAAUUGUUGUGCUCACAUUUUAUGGCUUAAGCAACAACUACUUGAUUUUUAUAUUAAACUACAACGUUCCUAUUAUGUGCGAAAACACUAG